GGGGCGUGGUUGCUUGGGUUCAUCCAAUCAGAGAGUAGGCGUGUUUCCGCCCCGGCGCGUGAUUGGCUUACAGUUUGCUGGCAGCGCUGUUUGUAUAAAACAACAACAGGAAAUCGGGUUAGCAUGUGGAGCGCGAGCCAGUUAGCAAGUCUGUAGGAACCAGAACGCCUCAAACCGAGUAAACGAACAGGUACCAACCCGACCGGAACCAGCGGCAGUAUGUCGGUAGACAGCGUGUUUCGCACCCGGUCUCUCGGUGUGGCUGCCGAGGCUCUUCCGGACCAGUACGCCGACGGGAAAGCAGUCAGUGUGUGGGAGCUGUACAUCGGAGACACCCAGAGCCUAACCCAGGAGUACAAGAGCUGGCUGGUGUCUCUGCUCCGCCAGCACGGGGUUCGGAAGGUUCUGGACGUCCCUUGCGGAACCGGGGUAGACUCCAUCAUGUUGGUGGAGGAGGGCUUUAACAUGGUCAGCGUGGAAGCCAGCAAUAAAAUGCUCAAAUACGCUCUGAAGGCCAGAUGGGACAGAAGGAAAGAGGCAGCAUUCGAUCAGUGGGUAAUCGAAGAGGCCAACUGGCUGACGUUACCUGAAGAUGCUCAGAAACCAGGAGGCGGGUUUGAUGCCGUCAUCUGCCUCGGACACUCGUUUGCUCACCUACCGGACUUCAAAGCCUUAAAUGUCACAUGAUGCGAUUCACCGAACCCUUGAAAAGUUACGAUUCACAGCAGAUUCACGGCAUCAAACGGUGAAAUGGACUAAAUCAUUGGAGGUACUAUCAGGGGCGGGCUUAGGACUGAAGAAGAUCCGGGGCUUAACACACACGCACGCACGCACACACACACGUGACACGCACUAGUCAACAUCAUAUAUAUGUCUUGUACCACAUAAUGUUUAAUCUGAAGCUACAUAUGAAGCAUUUUCAGGGCAGAGUAUUGUUCCUGUUAGUGUUUAGUGUGAGAUGAUAGUAAAUAUUCCCUUUCUUUCUCCAUCAACUUUACCUGAUAGUAAGCUAACUUUAGGCAAACCAGCAGCACAACAAAUAUUUUCAAAUAAGACUCACAAACCUGAGUCAACACCAGUCUCAUCAAAGUUGGGGUUCUGUCGUACUUUUGGUCUAAAAAACGUCCUUAUGUCCAUCUUCACUCAUGCGUUUCAGGCAGAGACUGCAGAAGAAGCCGGCUGCUGAAGGGCUUCUUCAGUGGUGGAGGUUCAGGCAGGCUGUAUACAAACUACUGCCAGCUGCUCCCUCUCUGUUGGACUUUGGUACUGCAUGUUACUUCCGCGAUUUAGAUCCGGGGCUUUUCAUGAAACAUCCGGGGCUUCAGCCCAAGUUGCCGGGCCUAACGCCGCCCCUGGGUACUAUGAUGACCUUUCAGUAAAAACAGAUACUGUACAUCAAAAUACUGAUGAAUAUCAUGCCAUUGGUAUUUGUCUUGUUCAAACAAUAAAAAAAGAUUAAUUUAAAAUUUGAAGUCUAAUGUGUUAAAGUGAGAUCUGCCGGUUGGUGAACCUGCAUCAUCUGUAUGUAUGUUUAUGUGAGGUUUGGUUACUGACCGUGAGAGCCUGAAGAGCUUCUUUCUCAUGUGGAGACGGGAUUUUAUGGGGGAAGAAGACAAAGAGCUACUUGUGGCCUGAAAGCACAAAAUAUUUAAUUAAAUUCAUACAAUCUCAGAAACACAGUACUUGCAUGAAGUCCUCCAGACAUUUCUGUGCACUCUAGAAAAGCUAAAAGGAAUUAAUUAAAAUGUUAAUAUAAAAUAUUACUGCUAUGGGAGACAUAAGGGCCAUUCCCAUCUGUACCGGGUCGGCCAGGGCAAGGUAGCGUAGGUUGUUUACAUAUCUGGGUGGCCUGGUAUUUUUCCGGGCCAACCAAGGCUCAUUCUCAGCCCUCUUCUCGAGGGGGUCUGCUUCAGGCCGACCAGGGCCAACACACCCACUGCUGACAGCAAAUUCACACCUUCCAUUAGAGCAAGCCUCUGAUUGGUGGGUAGAAUCAGCCCACAUGGGCUUAAGACAAGGAUGUGUGGAAUCAACCGGGCCAGGCUGGGGCCGACCCGGUACAGAUGGGAAUGGCCCAAUAGACACUUAGACAAACCUGAUGCAAAAGGGUGAAACCUGAAUUAGAUAAAUAUCGUUAAUUUGUGAUGUAAACUGAAUAAUUACCAAGGGCUUUAGAUAUUUGCUUCUUUUUAACACACUUGAGUAAAAAGAAAAUGUCUCCCCUGAAUGAAAAUCUAUAGUUUUCUUGCAAAAACACUUUUACUGAUGAAUAAAAGUAAAGAAAUACAGGGAUUUCUUCAAAAACAAUUCUCUUUGGGCUGACUCUAAAUGUCGAUGCAAAAGGGGUCUUUUCUUUUUAAAAAUAUUAUGAUUUUCUUUCGUUGUCUUCUAACUUCCUGUUAGUGAUCAUAACAUACUGAAUUACACAGGACUGUAUGUUGCAGGCAUCUCAUGAACAAACAAGCAAAGAUCCUAAAACAGGUCUGCUCUGAACUGAAAACUUUUUUUACAAAGAUCCAAAUGCCCUAAAACAGCAAAAAAUCACAGCUGAUCACAAGGACUUUCACAUAUCCUUCAUAAUGAUUUUUCUAUUUAAACUGGAAAAAGUUUAAGGUGUUUAAAUAACACGUGUGCUAAGAUUAGUUUCAGACAUGAGUCAUUACUCAUCUAGAUUUUACCAGCAUUUUUCCUUUGAAACCUACUAAAUAAAAUGGUUAAAGGAAAUGCAUUGUUACAUGUUAUUCUUUUAUGGGAUUUUAUAAUGAAGUAUUUAUAAGAAUCGUUGGAUUUAGUAUCAGAUAAGGUUCAUUUAGUAGUUACAACUCUGGUAAAAACACCAGUAAGCUUUACUAACCUGCGUUUGCUGGAAACUCUUCCGUUUUGUUCUCAUGUGACAUGAAAGCAGAUUAUUAAAUCAUCGGCACAAAUGAUAAACAGCCAAAAACGGCUCGAGCGCCUCUCCCUCAGGCACGCGCACAAGCUAAGCAACUUCCUGUUCCAGCUCAAAUUCUUUCUACUUUUAAUAUUAUUUUUAUUUAGUAAAAGCUAAAAAAAGUGCGGACAGAGCAUUAAUAAGCGCUGCUUUAUAUAAAUGCAAUAAAGUUUAAACCGCGAGUGGAAAUGACGUUUUUGGUGACAUUUACAGCAACCAUUGGUGGAGAUGAAAUGACGAGAUGCAAGCUAGCGUCGCGUCAGUGUGGUGAAAUCACCGCAGCACAGAUGAGCUCCGCAGCAGCAGAGCGCUUCAGGCACAAAUAAGACAGAAAGUAGAGAACAUGUGCGGACAUGAACGAUCGUGUGUUAAUUAUAGUUUUUUGGCUGCGCCACUUUGAGAAUGGACCGUGCGCUGGAAGCAGCUGCCUGGAGCGCUGCGCAACAACGAUCAUCGCUAUAUGUGCUCUCUGCUCAAAAGAGUCUAUAAAUGAUGUAAUAUAGGUAGAAAACUUUUUUCCGGCUCCCCUGGAUGUGUAGGAUAUCCAGCUCCCCCAUAAUUCGAUCCCUGCUCCUGGAUGAAAAGCCGGACAUUUUCAUCAAGAACUCCCAGUCCGGACGCCCUGGACAGAGUGAAAAGUGGACAUGUCCGGGGAAAACAAGACGUAAGGUCACCCUAGUUUAAUAUAAAGCCAGAGAUUACAGAUACAGUAUUUUGCUCGUGCCCUUGCUGCCCUGGGCCCUUUAGAGUUCGUGGGCCCUGGGCAAUUGCCCAGUUGGUUAAUCCGGCCGUGCCCGCUGCUCUCCUCACCUGUGGACGUGGCCCACAGCAGCCUGUUUGGGUCUGACGUUAACCCCCCAGGAGGUUCAGCUCAAAAUAAAAGUCUUUUCAGUCAGUCUUUAGCUCCAUUGAAGAUGGGCACCAUGGCUAAUAGCAGACAUGUGUGGACACAAAUCUGACUUUUACAGGCACUGAUAACUGUAGCUCAGCGCUUUUGCAGCACAGCCCAAGCACUGGUAGAUACUCGUUUUAAAAACGUCCAGAAGCCCCAUAACUCCUUUACCUAAUUUAAAGUUUCAAAGAGGAAUGAAAAGUGGUGUAACGUAUAAUCUGUUCAGGAAAUGUUGCCUCAUCUCCAGAGCUGUUGAACCCUGUCCCUGGACGGCCAACACGCCUUGAGGUCUCCACUGAUUUGUGUCUUCUGCAUGUCCUCAGAGGCCUGCUCAUUUCUGAGGCCAGGUGAGUUGGAGCACGGGGACUGCAGGAAUAGCCGGACAGCAGCUAGCCCAAUGACUGAUAAAGGUAUAAAAAAAAUUUUACUUACGAGACCGAGUGUUGCUGCCGUCAAAGGCAACUCUCGCAUUUAAGUUCAUUUGGAUUUAAUGUUGAAACAAUGUGAAAGAUUGAGAAAUAAUAUUUCAAUAGUAAUUCAUGUUCUGUUCAUUAGAUUUAUAUGUUUAAAUGUGUAUUUGUGUUAACUGUGCAAUUAGAUGGGAACCUUUUCUAUAGUUCCAUCCGUUGUUGCUAAGGGGGCAUUUUUCUUGGCACACUCAGCAAGCAAUUAAGAGACGAGCCACGAGGUUGCACGUCUGCAGUAAGUUAAAUAAAAGAGUGCCUUUUUUGGACUACCUCACGGCGUAAGGAUUAAAGUUUAUUCCCUUUGAGUGAGGCCAAUGAGUUCUGACGGCAUUGUAUCGGCUGUGGUUGGACAUCAUUACAUGUUAAGACAUGUCGAAGAAUCCUCCUGUCCGAAAUAAAUGUCAGUAAAACCAAAGAACAAGUUGAGCUUUAUUAAGACUCGAGGGGAGUAACA